CGUCGCCUCGACCUCGAUCAUAUACUUGACCUUCUCAGGACGGCUCCAUCCCAUUAUUGUCACCACUUGCACAACGUUGUUCUUAGAACAGCUCUACGGAAUUCGACCAUAAUGGCAGCAGUAGCAACGCAAUGGCCCACGGCUGUUGCGCCGCUAGAGCCACGGCACGGUCGAAGCAGCUCGGCGUCAGGUGCUUGCAGCACCCAGCAAGUGCAGCAAUCGCACCCGCACCAGCAAGCUUCUUCCCCACGACUGGACUUUGACCGCUUUUACGGGCAUAGAGAACUGUCCGAGCUCUGCGAAACGGUCAUCUCCGCUCUGUUUGCAUGCCCUCUGGACUCGGCGGCUGCAUCGGCAGCCUGCAACGGUACUGGCACCAAGGCGGGACGACAAGCGCCGCGCCUAGCUGAGUUCAUCGCAUAUGCGGUGCAUCGCACCCGGCUGCCUCUCGCCGUCACACACCAAGCUCUGUUCCUGCUCAAGAGGCUCAAGGCACGUUUCCCUGCUGCCAGGGGCUCAAGUGGUCACCGUCUCUUCAUCUCUGCCUUGAUGCUGGCGAGCAAGGCGAGCUGCGAUGAUACCUACAGUAACAAGAGUUGGACCAUCGUCGGCCAGGGCUUGUUCUCGCUGCGAGAAGUGAACCAAAUGGAGCGCGAGCUCUUUGGGUAUCUCGGCUUCAAGGUCAACGUCAGCAAUGAAGACCUCACACCAUUCGUCGCCAGCCUAAACAGCGGGCGGAUCAACGAAGCUAUCUCCACAGUGCCAGCGCUAGCGCAGACUUAUGCGGCGCCAUCAACAUCGACAGUGCCAGUCUCAUCACCGUGCAUUGCGACAGCACCAAUCACGAUGGCGGUAAGGUCCGAGUCACUCAGUACCAUGCCACCACACGCCACAUACGAGUCCGCCUCCGUUGCGAGCUCACCCUCACUCGUCGGGCCACACCGCUCGACUAGCCACCGCACUCGGCACCAGUCCACUGCAGAGACAGUCUCGACCUUCAACAACCGCGCGUCCAUCUCCGGGUACCCGAGCGCUAUGAGCCGCUCGUCAUACUACGCCUCUGCAUCACACCCGCAUAUGUACCACCCUCAUCACUACGCGAGCACACUGCCGGCAGCGUCUUCGCCACGAGCAGCAGCGUUCAUGCAACGCAGCGCCUCGGCGCACCACGAGCGGACAAGCAGCGCUCAUGCCUUCCAGCAGUACACAAUGGGUUUGCGCGAGGCAUCUAACAGUGCACCGCCUGCAUCUAUGGUGCCAGCGAUCACACCUCCUGCUCUUUCGCAAUCGUACUGCAUGUCGUCACCGUCAUCUUCGUCCUGCUCGUCGCUGCGGCAAUCCUUCUCUGCCGCCUCGACCGGCUCUUCGUUCUCCGCUUCUCCAAGCCCGAGCCUCAUCGGUGGCAGCAGCUCGGCAAGUCGGUAUUCUUCCUCCCUCUCCAGCGGUCGGACGACUCCAGACCUGGAAACACCGCCGACCGAGUUUGAUGAGGAUGCGUGCUACUCGGACUCUUCCGUCUCGCCUGUUGCACAGGAUGUUGACGACGCGGCGUGGCAACAUGGUGGCAAUACACGCGCCGCCUCCCACGGCGCAUCGUAUGACGGUCGACCGUUCUAUGCAGCGGUGCAGCAGCACGCUCACCAGUACCAACCGUACCGUGGUGACAAACAUGAUCCGACAGCGGCUAUGCUAGCCAACUAUGCGCCGCAAUGGUCUGCAUGAUGACGGACACUUGGUUUCCAUUACCUUCCUGCGCACAGUAGCAUCUCGCAUUUUAUUCCCGCCUCCGACUUUUUUGCUUUUAUUGUCGUUGGCCUUUUCGCCUGGUCCAUUAAGCAUCUCAUCAACCAAAAGCCGGAAUCCAGACGACGCACAGCACGUUGCAGAAAACAGGACUCAUCUGUUCUUUGGGUUCUUGAUUUCUUCAAUGUUGUCUGUCUGGGCAACUCG